AUGACGUCUGAAACUGAUAUCACACAAUCUGAUAAGCGAAGUAUCAAUUUAUUAUCACUGGAUGGAGAAAAGAUAACUGUUGAUAUGGAUGUUAUAUCACAGUCAAAAACUAUCAAAAAUAUGUUAACAGAUUUACUAAUCGAUCAAGUUGAUGAAUCACAGCCAGCUUUUGACUUACCUAUUGAAUUACCUGCUAAAACUAUUAAAAAGGUUCUCGAAUGGUGCACACAUCAAGCACAUCUCACAGUUGAAGCAGCUAAAUCAGAGGAGGAAAGGGUUUGGCGACAAAAUUUUCUUGCUUUGCCGGACAAUAAGGAAUUGUUCGAGCUUGUACAGGCAGCAAAUUACUUGGAUGUCAGCGAUUUACUCUCAUCUGGCUGCAAAACGAUCUCGAAUCAUAUCAAAGGAAAGACGGUGGAAGAGUUAAGAGCCUUUUUUAAUAUUGAAAAUGAUUUUACUCCCGAAGAAGAAGCGCGUAUUCGAGCGGAAAAUGCUUGGUGUGAAAUGUAA